GCCUUCCUCGCGCUCUCUCUCCCUCUCUCCCUCUCUCUCUCUCUCCACAAACCCAACAUUACCUAACACAAAAUCUAGAGAGAGAAAGACACAGCAAACAAUGGAACCAUACAUCUUCAUGGAUUCCAACGUAUUAAACGGGUCUUCGUUUUUAUGUGGUGCGAAAUGGGAAAACGCAACCACUUCACAAACAACAAUGGCCUCCCAAAAAUAACCCAAUUCCCAUCUCAGAGCCAGCUGAGAUCAAUCACCUCCUAAAACCCCCCAACCCAAAAAAAAACAAAAACAGAGCAAUUUUUGCUUUUCUUGUUUUUUUGCUUUGAGUUUGUUGUUUUUGAAUCAUUUGUUUCCUGAACCAGCACCUGAUCUGGGUCCCUAUGAUUUGAAAUCUGAUCUGGGUGUUUCAUCUCUAAUCAAGGGAUUCAACUUUUGGUUUGUGCUGGUUUAGGGUUAUAAUUCUUGGGGGGGUAUUUGAUUUGUUUUUGGUGUUGUGUGGAAGUGUUGUUUUUUGUCUUGAUAUUUCGAAAUGUGGAGGGACCCUGGAACUCCUACUGAUUCUUUCUAUGAGGUUCGGCCCGAAUGCACCGAUGUUCCCAAAACCAAAUUCAAAAUCAAGGCUGGCAAAACUCUGAGUGUGCGAAAAUGGAAGGCUGCAUUUACUCCAGAAGGUCAUCUUGACAUAGGCAGGACACUUGGUAGAAUCCAUCGUGGGGGGAUCCACCCAUCAAUUAGAGGAGAAGUUUGGGAAUUUCUUCUUGGCUGUUAUGAUCUUGAGAGCACAUAUGAAGAGCGAGAGGAAAUACGGAAACGUCGAAGGGCACAAUAUGCUGUGUUGAAAGAAGAGUGCCACCAAUUGUUUCCCAUUGUUGGAAGUGGUAGGUUCAUUACUGCACCAGUAAUCACUGAAGAUGGUGAUCCUAUUCAAGAUCCUAUAGUGCUUCUGGAAGCAAAUCCAGACAAGGGAUUGGCUACAGUUUCUCAAGAAAAUGGUAAUGUUGAUAACUUCAAGUCUGCAAUUAGUAAUUCAUAAGCUGCUAAUGCCUUAAAUUAUGCAAAUACAGCAACUCCCUGCAGUUCAACAAUGGUAAAAGAAGUGGACAAGAAAAUAAUCCAAUGGAAGCUUACACUACAUCAAAUAGGUCUCGAUGUGGUUCGCACUGAUAGGACUCUAGUUUUCUAUGAGAAGCAAGAAAACUUGUCAAAACUUUGGGACAUUCUUGCCGUCUAUGCAUGGUUUGAUAUAGAUGUAGGCUACUGUCAAGGAAUGAGUGACCUUUGCUCCCCCAUGAUAAUUCUUCUUGAAGAUGAAGCCGAUGCAUUUUGGUGCUUUGAACAUUUGAUGCGCAGAAUGCGAGCAAAUUUCAGAUGCACUGAGAGCUCUGUUGGGGUGGAGACACAACUUAAUAAUUUGGCAUCAGUUACCCAAGUUAUUGAUCCAAAGCUUCAUCAGCAUUUAGAAACCCUAGGUGGAGGUGACUAUCUAUUUGCUUUCCGAAUGCUUAUGGUUUUGUUUCGUCGCGAAUUCUCUUUCGGCGAUUCAUUGUACCUUUGGGAGAUGAUGUGGGCUCUGGAAUAUGAUCCUGACCUAUUCUCUGAGUAUGAGGACCCAGAUUCAGCUAACGAGGGAUCAUCUAAAGCAAAAGCUAAAAUACGCCAUUGUGGGAAAUAUGAGAGAGAAAAUAUGAAAGCAAAAGAUGCUGAAGCCCCACUCCCCAUUGCUGUUUUCCUUGUUGCCAGUGUUUUGAAAGAUAGAAGCUCAAAGUUACUCACGGAGGCCCGGGGCUUGGAUGAUGUUGUUAAGAUAUUGAAUGACAUAACUGGAAAUCUGGAUGCCAGAAAAGCAUGCAGUGGGGCGAUGAAACUUCACAGGAAGUAUCUAAAAAAGGCCAAGAAGACUUGACAUUGAACGUAUGAAUUUUUGGCGUAGUCAAGAAAUAACUGGACAUUUUUCAUAGCUUCAAUUGAUUUGGCAAUAGAAGAUAACUAUACUUCCUUUUGAAUCUUGGCUCAGAGCUCACAGAUUUGUUCUCUCCAACCGGCCAAAAAGAAGAAAAAAAAUUCAAAAAAAGGCCAGUGGAAGGAUUUGUUGUAUGUAAAAUCGAUCGUGAUUGCUUGUAUAUCCAAAGCAUUCUUUGCAAGACAUUAUAUGAAACAUCAGUUGUUUUGUA